AUGAUUAUGGCCUUCAUCUACAGCUACUCCCAACUCAACCGUGGACAGCGAACCAGGUUCUUCGUCAUUGAUAUUCCUGUCGUUGUCUUGCCUUAUGCAAUGCUCCUUGUCACGAUGGUUCUCGGUGGAUGGUACAGCGCUGUGUUGGAAAGCAUGGGAAUCCUCGCUGCCCAUCUUUACAACUUUCUCACACAUAUCUACCCGGUCUAUGGCGGUGGAAGAAAUUUCAUCACUGUCCCAGGUUUCCUGGAGAGAUACUUCACACGUCAUAGUGUGAAUAGCGGUAACAGAGGGUAUGGAAUGGCUGUUCCCCCAGUCAGAUCAUCUGAGCCUUCGGGUUCGACAUCUGGAUCAUCCUGGGGCUGGGCUUCUUCGAAUGCCUGGAAGGGUAGAGGCGCUGGUCGAAGACUUGGCGGUUGA